AUGGUUGGGGAACAGGUCUUGUUUAAGGCCUCACCCAUAAAAGGUGUGAUGAGGUUUGGGAAGAAGGGCAAGCUCAGUCUUAGGUUCAUCAGUCCAUUUGAGAUUAUUAGCUGUGUAGGGGAGGCAGCCUAUGAGUUGGCAUUGCCUCCAGGUUUAUCGAGUGUUCAACCGGUGUUUCAUGUCUCUAUGUUGAAUAAAUCUCAUGGUGACGGUUCUUACAUUAUUCGUUGGGAUUCAGUCUUGUUGGAUGAGAACUUGUCUUAUGAAGAGGGUCUUAUUGAUAUCUUAGAUAGAGAGGUUCGUAACUUGAGGUCUAAGGAGAUAGCGUCAGUGAAGGUCCAAUGGAAGAAUCGUCCAGUUCAGGAAGCUACUUGGGAGACCGAGUUCGAUAUAUGUAAUAAGUAUCCCCAGCUUUUAACCCAGUCAGGUAUCUUUCCUCUUGUUUCAUCCCUUGUUCAUUCCAAGAUGAACGGUUAUUUUAUUAUUAUCUGA